AUGGCAUCUGUCCCAGCUGAGAAGGCCCCAAAGCCAGGCCUGAAUAUUUAUGGCUGCGCCGCUGUGAAUCCAUAUAAAUUGACCAUCGCGGCAGAAGAGCUAGGGGUCCCCUAUAACUAUAUCAACAUGGAACUCGUCACGGGAGACCUUAGCUCCGAGUGGUUCAAGCCCAUCAACCCGAACGGGCGCGCCCCGGCCAUCGUGCACGUCAAGGAGGAUGGCACGUCCGUGACCGUCUUUGAAAGCGCAGCAUGCCUUUUAUACAUGGCAAGCGAGUUCGACAAGGAACACAAGCUGUCUCUCCCGCCGGGAACGCAAGAGUACUGGGACCAGCUAUCAUGGCUAUCAUGGCAGGUCGCUGGAUAUGGGCCCAUGAUGGGGCAGUCAUGCCACUUCAGUCGCUAUGCGGCAGAGGACGUUCCAUACGGUAUUUGGCGUUACACGGCUGAGGCGAGACGGCUGAACCACGUGUUGGAUCAGCGGCUUGCAACAUCCCCCUUCCUCGCCGGGGACCGCCUCACCAUCGCGGAUGUGGCAGUGUUCAUCUAUGCGCACUCUGCCAAGUGGUGCAACGUCGACAUCGACGAGUUCCCUAACGUGAAGCGGUGGGUUGACAAGCUGCUGGAGCGGCCGGCCUUCCAGAGGGGACUGCAGGUGCCCGUGCCUUAUCAGUUCUGCGAUGCGGUGGUGUCGGAUCCCGAGUCUCAGUUCCACUCGAUGAUGCGCAAGUUCGGUAGCCAGUCGAUCAAGGCCGCAAGUGAGCGGUGGAAGGGCAAGUCGGUGCCAGUGCCUUCAGACCAUGCCAACUACCAGUGA